UGAUUCUCUGCUCUCCUCAAACAUCGCAUUAACGGCAAGCUAGGGAGCUAUUUAGCUAACAUUAUCACAGUUUAUCCUUCCAUUUCGUCGCUAAAGUUAACGUUUAUUUCCAAUUAAGAAUGUCAGAAAGAAAAGUUUUAAACGUAAGUACAAUUAUUGUUCACUAUGUCUGGAUUUAUUCUCGAUUUGCUGAAAACGGGCAGUAGGUUGCUAGCCAGGCUUGACCAUUGAAGCAAAACUUUUCAACGCUUAACAUGACACCUAGUUACACAGUAGUAGUAGCUAGCUCAAUACGCUUAGUUAGCUAUAUAGCUAGUAGUCGUACUCAUUGUAGCUAGCUAACUAGCUAUGUUUCCUACCUAUCUUUCCUUUUGAGGAUAUACUUAUAUAGAAUAGGCUCUCGCUGUAGAAUGUAGAAUGUUAAUCUCUUUAUGUGAAUUGUGUUAUCUAAUUAUUGUAUGUUUUCCUCUCGUUGUUGUAGCUAAUGACUGAUAAAGGCAAUGUGAAUCAGACAUUUCUAGUUAAAAUACACUGCUGACUGUAUUUGCUCUCCUGUAGAAAUACUACCCGCCAGACUUCGACCCAGCUAAAAUCCCCAAACUCAAGCUCCCUAAAGACAGGCAGUAUGUGGUCCGGCUGAUGGCUCCCUUCAACAUGAGGUAUGUCAACACUCUACAACCCUGCCCAGAAACAGCCCCUAGGCCAGUGGGGUACCAUGAGGUGUGAGUGCAUGAAUGUGUGUGUGUGUUCUGACCCUGUCCCUGCGUGUGUGACUUGCAGGUGUAAGACGUGUGGGGAGUACAUUUACAAGGGGAAGAAGUUCAACGCCCGUAAGGAGACUGUGAUGAAUGAGCUCUACAUGGGACUGCCCAUCUUCCGCUUCUACAUCAAGUGUACACGAUGCCUGGCCGAGAUCACCUUUAAGGUAAAUCUGUGUUUGUGUGUACUCACCCAGUGUGUGUUGUCUGUAGACUGAUCCAUAGAACACGGACUACGUCUUAGAACAGUGUGUGUGUACUCACCCAGUGUGUGUUGUGUCUAUAGACUGAUCCGGAGAACACGGACUAUGCCAUGGAACACGGUGCCACAAGGAACUUCCAGGCGGAGAAACUUCUGGAGGAGGAAGAGAAGAAGAUCACGAAGGACAGAGAGGAGGAAGAGUUGAACAACCCUAUGAAGGUACACCUCUAGAAACAGUGCUGGAGAACCUGACUGACUGAUGAUAUGUUCUCGGCCAGGUUCUAGAGAACCGUACUGAUCGUGUUCCGUUCUAGGUGUUGGAGAACCGAACACGGGACUCUAAGAUGGAGAUGGAGGUUCUGGAGAAUCUUCAGGAGCUCAAGGAGUUGAACCAGAGACAGGCUUCGGUGGACUUCGAAGGAAUGCUGGGAACAUACAAAGAGCUGGAGCAGAGGAAUAAAGAGAGGGAGAAGGACGAGGACGAGAGGGAGACACGGUGAGUACAGAGAGAGCGAGGGAGGAGGAGGAGAAGAACAAAGAGUUCAAGUAAAAUAACAAAAUGGUUGUGUGUGUAUGUGUUACAGGGAGAUGCUAGAGAGAGCUCAAGUGAAGAGGUUAAGAGACUCUGACUCUGACUCAGACCAGGAGAGCGAGAGCAGCAGACCAAAGAAGCCCAGCACAGACAGACCUACUGACAUCCUCACCACGGACAGACUCACUGACACACAGGUAGCACACACACCGAACACAUACGCAGGAUUCACAAUACAUGUUAACCAACAUGCCUACUUAUGUCCUGUGUGUUGUUUCUGCAGGGCCUGUCAGUAGGGGGGGUGAAGAAGGCCAAGGUGGAGAGCUGGGAGAGAAGUGUGGGGGGGCUGGGAGGUGGAGGGGCACUGGGAACACUGGUUGUAAGGAAGAAACCAGCGACCUCUGUCCCUAAAUCUGGUACCACAGUAACUCCUGCAGGCUCUAACACACAGACAGGUGAGCUAUGGAGACUUUGACAGAAGCUUUAUGGCAGAAUCUGCAAUAUCGAAAUGACAUCGUAUACACCAGGCGAUUUUCCUGCUUAAGGCGUCAGCAUGCUUCAGUUCGGCUGGCACCUAGCCAAACUCGGCUAACCGAACGAGUGUGCUUGUAUACUCCCUUAAAAGACCUUCGCUUGAAAAAUGAGAAAAAAGUGGCAAUAGUACUUUAUCCAUUUUGAGACAUUGUAGCCAGUUCCUCAAAAUAGUCAAAUUAAUCUAAGAUAACUCAAGAAAUCUGUCAUUCAUUUUGACGUGGAGCUCUGUCGCGCAAUUUUACAUCUAACUAAGAUGUUUGGUAAGUAUUUCUCAAUGAAAACAUUUGCAUAAAAAAUAGUUGUCUCUCGUUGAAUGACAACAAAGACUUUAUUGAAGAAUCCCUACUGUUGACCAAUCACUGAUGAAGGGGCGUAGACUUCGGCUCCGAACUUCGGCUGUUUGGGCACACACUUUUUUUUCUGGAGGCAAGCAAAAAAAAAAACUCACCAAAACGAACAAAAACGUCACAAAAUGUCAUCAGAAUAUAUGAGCAAACUCUUCCGGCUGGGACGCAUGCGGACGCCUUUACAGCAGUCAACAACAACAGGAUUCAAGACACUCAACACUGUCACUGUUGGCUCUUACCAAUGCCUCAAUGGAGGGUGCAACCUGAGGAGACAAUUGUAGCAGUCUUGCCAGAUUAGGAUUCUGUUGUCUGUUAGCACUGCAGGAAGUCACUCUGUUCUACAUGAUGUUGUAUGGCUGAAGAUACUUCUACUGCUGUUUGUCAUUCUAACCUCGGUACUUCCUGCUUUGCAGUUUCAAAGGCAGCUGCUACAGUGCUGACAGAGGCUGCUAAGCCAAUCACAGCACAGAAUGGGUCGUCGUCACUCAGCCUCCUAGGGGCAUAUUCCGACAGUGAUGACAGUGAAUGAGCGAGAGGCUGGCGAUGCUUUGGCUAAUCCAAAUGCUCAGUCAUAGUCUGAACUUCGCUGACAUGGAACAGAGUUGUAUGUGAUAUGGAAAUGUGUUGAUAUGAUGUUGGGCAAUUCACUUGUUCCACACAACCCAGAACAGUUUGGGAUUUUUAAGAUCACAACUCAAGGCUGGUUAUUAGGUGUAAGAAAGGGGUUAGUAAUUUGAUGCCUGUGAUGAUUUAAAACUACUGUAGUUGUUUCAGAGUGUAUAGGAGAGUUAGCGGGCUGAAUUUUAUCAUCCUGCAAUGUAAUUUGUUUUCACCUGUGAUUUUAGAAAAUAUAUUUGGACAUUUCUAUCUACCCACUACCCUCCAACCCUGUAAAGGUGUUAGUCAUGUUUUGGCUUUUCAUUAAAUAAUUAUUUUACUCUAAAUCAGUGUUUCUCUAAAUGUUUUCUGGCACUGUGGCACAUUCUAAAGUAUUUUCUCUUGUGCCCUACCCAAUCUGGAAAAACUGAUUUUGAAUAAAAUGUCUCAGUUCUGGAGUCAUAAAAAUGUAAUUUAGGUCCUAGUUAAGUGUUUUAAAGUUGUGUGUUAUAGGGCAGGGGUCUCUGAACUGGUCUUGGAGAGACACUGGGUGUGAAGGUUGUAAAUGUAGGCCUAUGUUGCAGAUAGAAAUACAAGGAAUAGAGUUUACUUGAUAACUUUACCCAAAGACCUCAUAUUCUCUGCUGUAGUAGGCUGCUUUUGUGAGUUUAGAACAUGAAAUCAAUGUGACAAGCAGAUAACUUGAAGUUCAAUCAAGGAGCAUUUUAUGAAAAGUUAUCACACUAAAUUGGCUACUAUACAGGCACUGGUGUGGACUUGACUCAACAAUCAAGUGAUUGUAACAAUGGCAACAAAAAGAACUGCUCUCUCUCACACACAGUCCAGUCAUACUCCCCAGUUGUCCUGGGGAACUAGAAAAUUCAGAUGUCCUCAUUCUCCUCCACCUCCUCAUCUGGUAUGGAAAAUUAGAUUUGGCCCCUGUGCCUGCACAUUCAGUGUGACACACUUGCGUAGUGUCUUGGCCUUGUUGAAAUGGAUGAGGUUGGGGCGGUUUGAAUUUAUUGCUGGCUGCAUUCAAUGCGUUUGGAAUGUAAGAUGAAACCAUCAAUACCAGACCAAUAGUGCCAUCUGCCGGUAUGGUAGGGUAUGUUCCUAAAGGGGCUUGACACGCUCUUUAUUUGAGCUGCUGAGCUCUCCUGGCAGGCUGGCACGUGCACUGUGGUUGGAGUUUUUGUUUAUUCCAAAAAUAUAUAUAUUUUUAAGUGAAUAGAAAAUAUAUACAGUGGGGGAAAA